AUGUCUUUUUCGCCAAAAUGGCGAUGUUUGUUGCUUUUUGCCUGGUAUGGUGGGAAGCCGAAGACACCAGAUUAUCCAUCCGUUCUGGCCAGCCUAACAGUCGUCUUGACUGUGUUUUCUGGUCUAGCUGACCACUCCCGUAAGUGGGGUUGGCAAGAGGGUGGUCGGCCAGAGUCCCCUGGAGUGGUGGUCUCCUGUCAAAUAGAUGAAUUUGAUACUUUCAUAUGGACUUUGCAAACAGCCUUCUCUUUACUCGCAUAUGGGCACAGAAGCAAAAGCCAACGGACAGUUGUGAUUGCACGCAACCGAGUAACCUGA